AUGCAGCCGUCAUAUCCAAUCCCAAUUAAACAAGCCGCCAUGCCUCCCAACAACAGCGCAUCAUGGCUCAUGGCCAAACAAGCACCCAACAGCGUCAUAGACGUUGCACCAUACACCACCCCCUCAGCCAACGAACUCGUUAUCAAAACCAAAGCGGUAGCCGUGAAUCCAGCCGACGUCGGCAUCCAGAAACUCGGUGUUCUUUUGAACGACUACCCAGCAAUUCUGGGCUGCGAUGUCGCGGGGGAGGUCGUGGAAGUUCAUCCCACCUUGGCUGAAGUGUAUACCCCCGGUGAUCGUGUCAUUGGUGCAGCCAGUCCAUUGGACAGGAAGGACGGCAAGUACUGUUAUUCGGCCUUUCAAGAAUAUGUCGUUCUGAAGGUGCCUUCCAUUGCCAAAAUCCCGAAUGGGGUGGCAUAUGAGGAUGCCGUUGUGCUACCGCUGGGGAUCAAUACUGCUGCUAGUUGUUUGUUUGCGGAGAAGACUCUUGGGCUUGAAGUGCCCUCUAUCCAUGGUGUAAGGUCCCCUCGAGGGAAGGCACUUUUGAUUUGGGGUGCUAGUAGCAGUGUGGGUGCUUGUGGUGUGCAAAUGGCUACUCGCGCUGGUUAUGAGGUUGUUGGUGUGGCGAGUAAGAGGAAUCAUGAGAUGGUCAAGGGGCUUGGAGCAAGUGUGUGUUUUGAUCAGAGCGAUCCGACUCUCGUUGAUGAUAUUGCGACUUACCUGAGUGGUAAAGAGGUGGUUGGGGCUUAUGGGGCCAUUGCGAGUGAUUCGGCUUUGAACGCUAUGUGCGAAAUUCUCGACAGGUGUGGUGGGAGGAAGUUGGUGGCGUCAGUGAUACCAGGUGCAGAGCAAAAGUCAACAAAAGGAGUGCAAAUUGUCACAAACUUCGCCUCCGACAUAGGUAACAGCGAGGUUGGAAAGGCCAUCUGGCAAUGGCUGACUAUAGCCAUGGAAGAGGAUUGGAUAAAGUAUAUGCCGCGGUCAGAGAUUGUCGGGAAAGGGCUGGAGCGUAUACAAGAGGCUAUUGAUUUGUUGGCUGAAGGUGUUAGUGCGAAGAAGUUAGUCGUGUCUAUAUAA